AUGGCUGCAAAGAUACGCGUAGUGAUGAAGUCUUUUAUGAGCCAAAGCAACCAGGUCUCAGGGCUUCUGCCAUUCACAAAGAAGAUUGGACUACCUGAAUCACGAGCCUUGUAUACCGUGUUGCGAUCACCUCAUAUUGAUAAGAAGUCCAGGGAACAAUUCUCGAUGCAUGUCAAGAAACAGUUUGUGGAACAGACAGCCAAACCACACGAACUUCACAAGAAGCUCUUCUGGUUAAAACGCCUGCGUAUACCUGGGGCUCAGUUUGAAAUCCAAAUUUCUUUCAAGACACGUCUGGAUAUGGCGAGACUAAGGUCCCAAGCUCCUUGA